AUGGACUUCUACAGAUCUUCUGAUGGACUUCUACUCAAGUAUUACGUAAGUGUUUUCGUAGAAGUUCAUCAACAGAUUGGCCUCUCUAAGGAUGUGGCGGAGGUAAGGCAAAGUGCCCGUCCGCCGUCCAAGAAAGAAGUCUAUUUAUUAAGGCUUAGUGUAGUCGAUUUCCACCGGUCAUUUGCGUCUGUUUCGUCACUGGGAAUCUACUAAAAAAAUCUGCUUGCUGGUUUUUGUUUACUGCUUGCUGUGUACUAUAAAUAUACUGCUUGUUUAUUACUGCUUGCUGUUUACACCUUCUACUUAUAUUAAUCUUGUUCAGGAGAAGUACAACCUUGUUUAAUAUUUCACUGACGUACACUUUCACUGACGCGCAUGUGCAGGUGCGUGUAACUAGAACAAUUAUAGACCACACGAGGUACUUCUUACGAUCAUAGACGAAGACUCGUGAGUAUGUCGAAGAACUCCUUCGUAACGGACGGGAGGGGAUCUUGAAUUGGUGUCCUGUAGUUUGCUAAAUGAAAAGGAAGCACUGAAGACCUGUGUUGUAUCACGAGACUCCUGCAGCGAGGUGGAGGACAGAUUGCGUUGUCU